AUGUCUACCACUUUGCUUUUCCUGUUAAUAGUCCGCUUAACUCUUUCCUUAUCGCCUCACAGCGCCAAGACGGCGAAUCCGCAAACAAUAAAAGAUGCAGAUUUUGAAAUUACGUACGAACCGAAUGGCAGGGAACUUCACGUUGGCAGCCUUAACCAGGAAAAGCGCAACAACUACAGCUACCAGAUAAAUGAGCAGUGCGAAAUAAUUCACUCUCUCGAAAGAAUCGAUGAUAAAAAUGCUCUCUUGUGUAAGAACAAAAACAAAUGUGAAUACCUCACAAAUUAUGUGUUCCAAAGUCUGGGCAUAGAAACCGUCCCAGAAGAAGACUUCUCAAAUUUAACUCCGCUACUUAACGCAGAAGGUGAGGAAAAAGAAAAAUGCAACAAAGAAGUGCAGCUAAAUGAAAACAUCAAAUGCAUGUGCUGCAUCAAACAGGUCGAAAGCAGCGAAGUGGAAAAAAUAAAUGACGAGUUAAACCCAGGGCAAACAACCAAAAAUGGUGCGUACCCCUUCAGUGACUGCAAAUGUAUUCUAAAAUAUCAAGUAGACGAUGACCACGCCUUAAAUGCCGAUAAAUGUAAAAACUUCAUCUGCAACAGUGGGAUUUGCACACUGCAAAUGGAUGGACAACCCCUCUGCUCCUGCGAGGAGAACCAUUAUUUCGACAAAAGAGUUAAUGCGUGCGUAAGACAUCAAGAUGGAGUGAACGAAGGGGCAAGCCAGGCUACCAUGGAUGAACCUCCCCAUGUAACAUAUGAGAGCGACUCGAAUGAAAACGAAAUAUCCGACGAUCAUGAACAGGGGGACCAUAACCCGAUAGUUAAUGAUAACCAAGAUGACGACAGCAAUACACAUUCUAAUCACGCGCAAGGAAGCCCAGAUAACCACGAAAAUAGAAACCCAAGCAAUGCGUUCACCGAUGAGUGUCCAAUAAAUCACGUAAGAAAUAAACAGGGGGAGUGUCGAACCAGGGAAAGCAACUCAACCGAGAAUAUUUGCCUCAGAGUAGAAUGUUUCGUCAAUUCAGACCCACCAGAAUGUGCAUGUGUAGAUAAAAAUGGGCAAAAAAUAGAAAAAGCUAUAUUCGAUGUUUCCCACAUAACAAUGUGCACCCUCAACAAUAUAAACUGUGACUACGGGACAUGCAAUAACUCGCCAAAAAAAGGAGAACUCGCAUGCAUUUGCAAUAAAAAGUAUAAAUAUAACAGCUCUUUGAAGGUAUGCAUUGGUUACGCCGCAGCACGUCUUCUUAGUUGGGUUCUCAUCAUCUCGCUGUUCGGCAUAAUCGCAACUGCGCUGUGA